AUGUCUCUUUUCUCCACCAUGACGACCGGGGAGAGGAAGCUUCAGGCUGCGGCAAUCUGCAGGGAGAUUCAAGGCCUGGAAGACGUGGAGAUGGAUCUCGGCAAGAAGGUGAGCGUGCCCCAGGACAUCAUGCUGGAGGAGCUGUCCCUGGAAUCUAAUCGGGGUUCACGGCUCUUCAAGAUGCGCCAGGAACGCUCCCGAAAGUACACCUUUGAAAACGUCCUCAACGACCGCAACACGCAGCUCAACAACACGACCGACUCGCCAGCUGAUAAAGGGAAUUCCACAGAGGACCGCAACUCUGCUGACAACGCGGUCGGCGUGCACCAGGCCUGCACGACAGAAACCGUGACAGAAACUGUGCCAGAUCCGCACAGCAUCGCGCCUGGGUACGGGGGUCCGUUGAAAGACGUCCCUCCGGAGAAAUUCAACAGCACGGCCAUCCCAAAGUCCUAUCACUCGCCGUGGGACCGGGCUCUUAUCAGAGACCUGACCCAAGAUGACACUCUCAUCUCCUGCGUUUCCGAACCCGAACCACCGGCGGACCUGCCGGGCUACAAAAGCUUCAAUAGAGUGGCCAUCCCAUUCGGCGGCUUCUCCAAGGCACCCGUCAAGACCCCGAAGGCGGAGUUCGUCGUGCCAGACUACCCCGACCUCAGAGGGGGCGCUUCGGCCUGUCGACCUUCUUUCAACCGAGCCGCUUUAGGGUGGCAGGCAGAAGGCGCGCCGGUCCCGGUCCCGGUCCCCGUCGUGUCCCAGGAGGCCACGAUUCCCCCUGAGUCAGAUGACCUUUGA